CGCUUUUAUCGUUAUCAUUGAUGUUCAAUCGUUCACGUGAGUGAUAAUUGCAGGUGAAAAAUGCACUCUCUCUCUUUGCAUCUAAACGGAUAUAAAUGUCUAAUCUAGCCUACAAAAUAUGUGAUAUAUUACACUCAUGAUUUGUUAUAUAAAUGUUCCUAAAAUAAGCACAUAUAUUUACGAAAUAGCAACCUCGUAUACUUUUGCAAAAUUGCAUUUUUUCUCCGCAAUUAUCAUUCGCGUAAACGAUCAAACAUCAAUGAUAACGAUGGAAACGUAAUUUUAAAUACAAAUCAAAAGUCAUUGUAUAGAUAUUAUAAAUGUGCGUAUCUUAUCACACUAUGAGUACGCACAUUUAUGAUAUUUACGAUAAUACGAAAACUGUUGAUAUGCUAAAAAUUUGGGCUAAAAAUUCUCAAACCACUGAAACUCGGCGAAAAAUCAUUGUAGACACAAAAUUAAAAAAGCAUUGUGGGCACAAAAUUAAAGCUCGAAACCUCUUCUUCGCACGCGCGUCUGCGGAACGCCGCGAUCGCCGGCGGCUGGCCGACGAAGAUGAUGAUGGCGACGGCAAGACAGAAUUCCGGUAGCGCCGGUAGGGAUGCUGAUUGGCCGGGCAUGGCAUCGAGCUCAACGAUGGCGGCGGCGGCGGCGACGAGUCCGCGCGGUAAGGUCCUUACGGAGGACAACGUCUUCGUGAACCUGCGCAAGAUGGAGUACGCGGUGCUCGGGCCACUGCUCAUCAGGGCGCUGGAGAUCGACGAGGAGCUGCAAAAGGGUGUUAAAAAACCCUUUAAAGAGGUGACGAAAUCAACUGGGGGUGAUGCCCACGCAAUGGGCCAGCAACCCAUUACGUUUCUACGGCAGGUGCUCACUCUAACUGUCUCGCCGAAUCUGUUGAACGAUCCAAGCUACCCGGAGGACGCGAAGGCUCGCGCUCGGAUGGUCCUGGAGGGCUGCAAGGGAGGCAGCGUGGGCGCAUACUCGGAAUCGGCCGGCAUCGAGCGUGUUCGCAAAGAUGUUGCACGAUAUAUCCAGGAACGCGAUGGCGGUAUCCCCUGCGAUUACCACAAUAUCAUUCUCUCGAACGGUGCUUCCGACGGUAUCAAAUCAUUCCUAAGGCUAUUCAACGAAAGGAUCGAUGAUAAGCCAUCCGGCGUAAUGAUCCCGAUUCCACAGUAUCCUUUGUUCUCGGCAACUCUGGCGGAGUUUGGUCUCGCCCAGAUUGGAUACUAUCUGGAUGAGGACAACAAGUGGUCGCUGCAAAUCAACGAGCUAGAACGAGCACUAGGAGAGGUCAAGGAUACGUGUAAUCCUCGAGUGCUAGUAGUGAUCAAUCCCGGUAAUCCAACAGGUCAAGUAUUGACUCGCAAGAACAUCGAAGACGUCAUCCACUUCGCUCAUAAACAUCACCUGUUUCUGCUGGCCGACGAGGUCUAUCAAGACAACAUAUACGACAAGGAUAGCGCGUUCCAUUCUUUCAAGAAAGUCAUGACAGAGAUGGGCGAGCCGUAUUCGAAGAUGGAACUCGCGUCGUUUAUGUCAAUCUCGAAAGCGCACAUACAGAGAUAUAUGGGCGAGUGCGGAAUCCGCGGUGGUUACACCGAAAUCAUCAACAUGGAUCCGAAAGUGAUGAAGGUGCUGUUGAAAUCGAUUUCCGUGAUGCUGUGUCCUACCGUGCUCGGCCAGGUCAUGAUGGACGUUGUGGUGAAUCCGCCGCGACCGAACGAGCCAUCGUACGAGCAAUUCCAGAAAGAGAAGAACGAAACGCUACGCUCCUUGGCAGAGAGAUCGCACCUCAUAGUCGAUAUGCUCAAUAGUAUUCCAGGAUAUAAGGCAAAUCCGGCGAUGGGUGCAAUGUACGUGUUUCCGCGCUUCGAGCUGCCGCCGAAGGCGAUUGAGGAUGCACAAGCGAAGGGCCAAGAACCAGACGUUUUCUAUGCGUUCAAAUUAUUAGAGAGCACCGGAAUUUGCGUGAUCCCAGGCUCGGGCUUCGGCCAGAAACCCGGCACAUACCAUUUCCGGACCACAAUAUUGCCGCAAAAAGAGAAAAUCAAAACAAUGCUCGAAACACUAAAGCAAUUCCACAUCAAAUUUCUUAAAGAAUACAGUUAAAUAAUAUAUUUCUAAUUGGGAAAAUUGAGAUUAUAUAAAAUAGAAAUAGGAAAUAAUAAAAAAUGACCGUCUGUGCAUAUUGUGGCGCUGUGCAUAUUUGCGUGAGGACUGUUUGCCAGUCCAAACGCAUCGCAAACGUGAUUAUUUUUAUUACGAUUAAUAACUUAUUACUGAGAGACAGUUAUCACAUUCGAUGUUGUUAUGAGUUGUGUAAAAAAUCGUUAAAAAACUCUAAAUUUGUUGCAUGUAAAUGUAAUAUGUAAAUGUAAAUGUAAAUUAUUGCUGAAGAAUACCUGUAAAUAUCUAGUAGUUAUCUAACAACGGUCGAUAUUAUGUAAUAGUCAGCAAGAAAAAAGAUUGACUAUUGUUGCAGUCAG